AUGUCGAGACAUUCAAAAAAUAUCAAAUUGUUAGACAAAAUAAAUAAUAUUGAUGAAGAGUGUUCAGAAGAUGACCAGGAAAUUUCUGACAUUGAAGACAAAACACAAAAUUAUGAUUUAUCUGACAAUGAUUCAGAUACAGAUUAUGACGAGGAGAAUAUUUUGAAUAUACGUAGAGGACAAAAGAAAAUGAGAUUUGUAAUUAGUUUCGAAAGUGAAAAUGAAGAAGAGCUAAUCGAAACCGCUACUGAUGGAACUAUUUGGCAAGAAAUAAAAGAAGGCUCUAAACCUGGAAGAGCACAGAUUCAUAAUAUUUUUAGAGAUACAUCAGGACCAACAGGAUAUGCUAAACGAAAUAUUAUGAAAGGUAAGGUAAGGACGGCAUUUUCUCUGAUUAUUGAUCAUCAUACAAUGGAACAUAUAAGAAAGUGCACAGAAGCAGAAGCAUUUCGAGUGUUGGGAACUAAAUGGAAUCUAAGUAUUGCAAAGUUAUAUACAUUUAUUGCACUUCUAUAUGCACGUGGCGCAUAUGAGGCUAAAAAUUUAGAUAUAUCAUAUUUAUGGAAUAAAAAAUGGGGUCCUGCAUUUUUCUCAAAAACUAUGAGCAGAAAUAGCUUUACAGAAAUUAUGAGAUUUAUUCGGUUUAAUGACAAAAAUCAACGAAGCCAGCGCUUACAAACCGAUAAAUUUGCUUUGAUUUCUACAGUAUGGUACAAGUUCAUUGAAAAUAGUCAAAUCUGUUAUAAACCAGGACCAUAUCUUACUGUCGAUGAACAAUUAUUUCCAACAAAAGCUAGGUGUAGAUUUACUCAGUACAUGCCCAAUAAACCGGAUAAAUUUGGUAUCAAAUUCUGGUUAGCUUCCGACGUAAACAACAAAUAUGUUGUGAACGGUUUUCCAUAUUUGGGAAAAGAUGAAAGGAGAGAACCUUCAGUCUCCUUUGGGGAAUUUAUUGUUCUCAAACUAGUAGAACCAUAUACAGGCCAUGGAAGAAAUAUAACUAUGGACAAUUUUUUUUACAAGCGUGUCAUUAGCGACUAAACUUUUAGCAAAAAAAAACUACGGUUGUUGGAACUAUUUGCGGAAAUAAAAGGGAGUUACCAAAACUAGCUAAACAAAAAAAGGAUAAUAUGCCACGUUUUUCAACAAAAUUAUACCAAUCUGACAAUUGUACUCUGAC